ACAAUGGCUGGUCAGUCUGGUUUCUUCACUGCCACACAGAGGGGAAAGGGGAAUUUUCUACCAACCUUUACUUGGCGUUCCUUCCAGUAAUCCAACAAUGUGUACGCUGCCAUCUGUCUAUUUCAAAUAUUGUCAUUGAUUGAGACGGGUGAGUGUCAUUCAACCAGUGGUUAAAUUGGGAAGUGUGUGUGUGUGUGUGUGUGUGUGUGUGUGUGUGUGUGUGUGUGGUGGGGUACUCAGCCAAGGUUGUAGCCAGCUGACUAGCUCUAGAGUACUCAAGCCUUACCCAGCGGUAGAAUUCUCAAUCAAUCCCGCAUAUAACAGCUGGAUCAAUGAACUACAAUACUGACGCGCUGUUGUAACGUUUAGGAACCUUACUAAUCCUGUUUGUGAUACGGUUUUGGAAACCUUUGGAACUUAACUUUCACAUCAGCGAGAAAAAAUAUUGCAAAUACAAAAGAUAAACUUACUGUAGGCAGUUUAGCAAAGUUGCGUCCUGGUUGCUCCCGGCAGAAUUUAACAACACUGGGCAAACCAAGGUAAGAAACUUCCUCCCCAGUUAAGCUCCCGGUGACGGGGGGAAGAAGUGUAGUCUUGGUUAGGGUUAGGCGGUGUUCUUGUAAAUAGCCGGGUGCAAACAGGAAGCAACUUUGCUAAACUACAUACAAGUGUACGUGUAUCUUUUGUAUUUGAACAAUUAUUUCUCGCUUAUAUGAAAGUUUAAUACCAAAUGUUUCCAAAACUCUAUCGCAUGUGAGGUGUAGGCCGGGCCCUAUAGGCCUAUUUGAAUUUAGAUAGUUUCAGCGCUCCGUCAGCCGCCGUUGCAUUGGCCCUCAACUAAUCAUAACGGAAAUUGAAUGACUCCAAUGCAUCAAUUGGUGUCAUGAGAAGCGCUAGUAGCUAACCGGUUUGAUUCAGCUCAGAUCUCUGCUAAUGUGUUAAACGCCAUUCGCUACGCGCCUAAUCCAUGUUGCUGCUAAAAACUGUUUUUAAAAGGGUCCAACUUGCAAAUUUUUAGGAGUUGAGAAAUAAAUGUAAGUAGAAUAGAAAGCUGUGAUCCUGGUCUUUUAACAGUGGCAAUUAACCUGCUUUCAAAAGUGUUUCCCCAUGACAGCAUUAAUUAAGAAUGUUGUGCAAUGACUGGGCAUACAUGUUUUUCUCCCUGUGCCACUCGCAAUUUGAAAGCACCCAGAGGAGUAUUAUUUUCUCCCAUAGAAUGCGACAAGCUGACCAAUUGAAUAGGUAAACUCUUCUACUAUGGGGUUGUAAACUGUUGAUUACUCGUGUUGUUGACUGAGGAAAUAUUAAAUGUGGACAACAAUUUUUCAUUAUAAAAUUAGCAUUACCAAAGGUGAUGGAGAUCCGCCUGGCUCUAAUUUCGAUCAUAGGUGCAGGGUCCAGGACCCGGCCCAAUUCAACCCAUUCAAGAUUUCUGAGUCGCACUCAUGACAUACAGAACUUUGGGGUGGACACCCACCUGUCUCAAGAAGGUUUGAAAUAGACAAGAUGGUGGUGUACACGUUGUUGGAUUACUUAUUGGAGCAAAAUAUUCAUUUACAUUUAAUAAUGGAGCAUUUUCUAAAUUCAAAUGAACCAUCUGCAACUAGCAAUGUGUUGUCUUCCAUGUCGGGAAUUGAGGAAGUAUCGACAAGUAAAGAAUGUCAUGAAGAUUGCCUCUUUAAAUUUGGGACAUAAUACAUCAAUUGACAAUGGCAUAAAGAGCAGUGAUGCCAGUGUACAGCGGUUUGACAAGAGUCUGGAAGAGUUUUAUGCCCUGUGUGAUCAGCUGGAACUCUGCUUACGGCUUGCCUACGAGUGCUUAUCCCAGAGCAUUGACAGUGCCAAGCACUCUCCUAACCUGGUCCCAACAGCCACCAAGCCUGAUACCGUACAGACAGAGUCCCUGUCCUACUCACAGUACCUCAGCAUGAUCAAGUCACAGAUCUCCUGCGCCAAAGACAUUCACAAUGCUCUACUGGAGUGCUCCAAGAAAAUCGCAGGAAAAGGCCAGCCACCAGGAAUCCUGUAAUAAUGGGCAUUUCAUUAUACCAUCACAUGGUUGUUAUUUUUUCUAAAGUUAUUUAUAUAUUUUUUGUAAUGAUUGAUAAGGACAUACAAAGUUGAAUAACUGUUUAACGGAUGCCCCUCAUCACUUUUCUUACCCCGCAAAAUCAGAAAAGUAGCAACAAUGAUCCGACUCUCGUUAAUUUCUCUCUUGAGUCGGAACGGUGCUUUGCCAGAAUGUUGACCAUUUUCGUCAGCAUGCUAGCUUAUGCUAUAGCAGCCAAUUGGAUUCCAUGAAAAUACGACGGUUAGCGUUGGGGGGAAUUCAACAACACAACGGAAGUGUUGUUGAAUCUAAUGGGUUGCUAUAUCAUUAGCUAACCUAGCAUGCAGACAAAAGGCAGUUUAACUAAAAACGAUCAGUAUUUCAAUCUUCUCGAUUCACCAUUCAUCAUUUCGGGACGAUUAGGAGUACAGCGAAAUAUUCCAUCUCUGGAUUGAGGUACGUUUUCCCAACCAUAUACCGCGCCGGGCUCUGGUAGUCCAAAUUCUGGCACAGCACCGUUCUGAAUUCAAGAGAGAAAUUAACGAGUCGGAUCAUUUUGACUACCGCGGAGUUCAGCUUUAAUCAAGUUUGUAUGCCCUAAGAUGUAAAUAUUAUUAUUUUGUUUUGUCACAAGUAGUGCACAUUACUUAAUAUGACCUCCAGAGGGGUGACCGAGUCAUGAGUUGGAAUUCUGUACCAACGCUGUCCAAUAUCAGCUACUAUUCAACCGAACUGCAAACCUCUGUGUGGCAGAGUAGCUUUGUCUUAAUUAUAAUAAACCUUUUUUACUCACUUUAA